AGAUGAACUGAGGAGUCUCUGCGCUCUCACUCUUCUCUCGGUUCAACAUGGACUCACUGAAUUUUCUGCUCUUCCUCGCAGUCAGCGCCUUCACACUGAAAGUUUCUCUUCAGGGGCCAAAUCAGCGCAGACUGUACUCGGACCUGAUGGCCAACUACAACCCACUGGAGAGGCCUGUUCACAAUGACUCCCAGACUCUUACCGUUCAAUUUGGCUUAACCCUGAUGCAGAUCAUGGAUGUGGAUGAGAAAAACCAGGUUUUGACCACCAACAUUUGGCUUCAGCUGUACUGGGAUGAUUAUUACCUCCGGUGGAAUACAUCAGACUAUCCAGGUGUGACCAAUGUGAGAUUUCCUGACCAUCUCAUUUGGAAACCAGACAUUCUGCUGUAUAACAGCGCUGAUGAAAGAUUUGAUGCUACUUUCCACACCAACAUUGUGGUCAACCACUCGGGCACCUGUAGCUACUUACCUCCAGGGAUCUUCAAGAGCACCUGCCACAUCGACGUGCGCUGGUUCCCUUUUGAUGUUCAGAGAUGCGACCUGAAGUUCGGCUCCUGGACAUAUGGGGGCUGGUCUCUGGACCUGAAGAUGUUGGAGACGGAUAUCACCAGCUACAUCGCCAACGGAGAGUGGGAUCUUGUCGAGGUUCCAGGACGUAAGAAUGAUCGUUUCUACGAGUGCUGCGAGGAGCCGUACCCUGAUGUCACCUUCACCGUGGUGAUGCGGAGACGGACCCUCUACUAUGGCCUCAAUCUGCUCAUCCCAUGUGUCCUGAUCUCCACUUUGGCCCUGCUUGUCUUCCUUCUGCCUGCUGACUCUGGGGAGAAGAUCUCACUGGGCAUUACGGUCCUCCUCUCCCUGACUGUCUUUAUGCUGCUGGUUGCAGAGAUUAUGCCUGCCACAUCGGACUCGGUGCCUUUAAUAGCUGAGUACUUUGCCACCACCAUGGUCAUCGUUGGUCUCUCAGUAAUUGCUACAGUUCUGGUCUUACAAUAUCACCACCACGACCCAGAUGGAGGCAAGAUGCCGAAGUGGACCCGUGUGAUCCUGCUGAACUGGUGCGCCUGGUUCCUGCGCAUGAAGCGCCCAGGUGAGGAGCGGGUGCGUUCAGCCUGUCACAACAAGGCUCCUCGGAACAGCCUGACCAGCAUGGACCUCAACGCCAGCGCCUCGGCCUCCCAAUCCACCAACGGCAACAUGCUCUACGUUGGCGUCCGUGGCCUGGAGAGUAUCCACUACUCCACUGCUGCUACCUCUCCCGACUCCGGGGUCCUCUGUGGACGGCUGGUUGGACGAGCAGGUGAGGAGGAGAUGCUCCUCCCCACAGGUCAGAGCGCCUCAGUGGCCAGCGUGGAACCAGAGCUGAUCAAGAUCCUGGAUGAGGUGCGUUACAUUGCCAAACGCUUCCGUGACCAAGACGAGGACGAGUCAGUGUGUAACGAGUGGAAAUUUGCUGCGUCUGUUAUCGACAGGCUUUGUCUCAUGGCUUUCUCCCUCUUCAGUAUCCUCUGCACCAUUGGGAUCCUCAUGUCAGCUCCCAACUUUGUAGAGGCCAUUUCCAAAGACUUUUUCACCUAAGGACUUUAUCAGGAAACAUAAAAUAAAGCCUAUACCAAUCUCUCUUAUCACAGAGUAACCAUUUGUAAGCUCAUGGGGUGGUCAUUUGUAUACAGCUAAGUCUGCUAUAUGGGAAUCGUAUAUCACCAAAUAUUCAACCACACAUUACACAAAGUCAAACUGAGGACAUGUACAGUAAUCCAGGCAAAGUUUAUGUAAUGCAUAAAUAAUUUAAAGGUCCAGUGUGUAGGAUUUAAGGACAUCUAUUGGGAGAAAUGGUGUAUAAUAUUCAUUGCUUUGUUUUCACUAGUGUAUAAUCACCUGAAACUAAGAAUCUUUAUAUUUUCCUGACAGUAAAAUCAGACAUUUGUAUCUACAUAUGGAGCGAGUCCUCCUCUUUGGAGUCAGACAUGUUAUUUCUACAGUAGCCGAGAACAGAUAAAAAACACUGACUCUAGAUAGGGCCAUUCGCGUUUUUACAUUAGCCACCAUAGUCCUCCCACACGCUUGACUCACAGGAGAAGUUUAAGUUCUCCAACAUCAUCGCCGGAUGCCACUAAAUCCUACACACUGGACAUUUAAAGGAACAGCGUGUAUGAUUUAGGAGGAUUUAGUGGCAUCUAGUGGUGAGGAUUGUACAUUGCAGCCAGCUGAAACUUCUCCUGGUUAGAGUUCUUUUAGUGUUCAUUGUUCAGGAGGUUUUUACCAGACAAAUUAUCUGCCAAGGUCUCUUCCUCUCUAAAACAAACAAACCAGGUGAUUUAAACCGGUAAAAACACUGAAUGAAGCAGUUUCACGUGAAAACACAGUGUUUGUCCGAUGCUGUCUGACUCAUGUGGAGGGGCUGCUUACUUGGGUGGCCAACGCAAAAAUGCAAAUGGCCUUAUCUAGAGCCAUUGUUGGUUUGUCCACUCUGGGCUACUGUAGAAACAUGGCAGUGCAACAUGGCGACCUCUAAAGACAAGGACCUGCUCCCUAUGUAGAUAUAAAGGGCUCAUUCUAAGGUAAUGAAAACACAACAAUUCUUAUUUUCAGGUGAUUAUAAACUAAAGAAACAUUCUUAUUAUAUUCCAUUUCUUCAACUAUAUCCCCCUUAAUCAUACACACUGGACCUUUAAUGUAUGCCUUACAUGAUGGUGGUGAAAAUGGCCUGUUUUUGCCUUUUAUAUAACCCAGUCUGAUGCUAUAUUAAAGGAAAACAUCUAAAUUUGAUCCUCUAGUACUGUUUUAAAAUGACUGAAAAAUACAAAGCAUUGUUUAAGUGGUGUAAUUUGCAAAACUACAAAGAAUGCAGCUGUGAUUUGUUAUGUGAUGUGUAUUAUUGUUCAUUACAAUGCAUAUACUCUCACUAAAAUUUACCCCAUAUAUACAAAACUAACAGCUAUCUUGUAUUGAAAUGUAUUUGUCGUAUCACAUGACUGGUCGUAUAUCCAAAGCAGUCAUGUGAUGUUGUAAGUUGCCUUUCUAUAAAUGAAAAUUAUUGCCAGUUAUAAGCAUAAUUAUGUUACUCCUUGGUUUUACUUCUUGAUUAUUUUUUAUUUUACAUUUAUGAUAAUUAAAGAAUUACUGUAAGGUCAAAAUAGUUGAACAGAUUUUCAUGUCAGUUAAUACAAAUGUAUGUUUUUGUUGUACUGUGACAUUUCACAA